GUGGGCUUGUCAGAAAUAGGAGAAUACUAAAGAAGAAAACACAGAAAAGAAAUCUGCCGACUGUCAGUGGAAAAUUUAGUUUUACGAAAAAAAUUAGAAUUUUUAAGAAAAGUUCUUGUUUUUCUAGUUUAGACAAGCUUAGCAGAACAGCGGCAGCAGCGAAAAAAAAUAAAGAACAUGAAUUACAGAAAAAAUGAAAUAAUUAAAGUACGAAAGUCAUAAAAAAACGACGAUAACACAAGAUAGAAUAAGAAGAGGAGUAAAGAAAAAGUGACGUGUGAUUUUCUUUUUUUAUUAGUUUUUAUUUUUCAAUAUUUUGUAAUAAAUUCCUUAAAAAAAUACAAUUAAAACAAACUUUACCUAAAAAAGCGUAACUACCCUUUAUUGGGGUUAAAAACUACAAAAUUAGCAAUCUAGUUACUAGAAAUUUUGUAAUUAAUAAAGAAGCAGUAUAGACAAGGAGGCUACAACAACAAAAAGAAACUACAAAUUAAAAAAAACCUUAGUGGCAGAGAAGGAAGGUCGUAAUCAUAAGUAAAUAUGAUGAAUGAAGAUACGACGGCGUCAACGUCAUCCAGUGGCGGAGUGAAAAAGUUUUUUCAACGUAUAUCACAAAUUUAUCAAUCUGCCUUGGAUCGUUCUACGCCCCAUACAAAAGCACGUUGGUCUGGUGCUGCCUUUUUGGUUUUACUCUUCCUGCUACGCAUAUUUUUAAACCAGGGCUGGUAUAUUGUUUGCUAUGCUCUGGGUAUUUAUCAUUUAAAUUUAUUUAUUGCAUUUUUAACACCUAAAAUCGAUCCUGAAUUUGAUCCAUAUGCCAAUGAAGAUGAUGGUCCAAAUUUACCAACACGUAGCAAUGAAGAAUUUCGGCCGUUUAUUAGACGUUUGCCAGAAUUUAAAUUUUGGCUAAGCAUUACAAAAAGUACAUUGAUUGCAGUUGUCUGUACAUUCUUUGAAUGCUUUAAUAUACCCGUAUUUUGGCCCAUACUGGUCAUGUACUUUAUAACCUUAUUCUGUAUAACAAUGAAGAGACAAAUAAAGCAUAUGAUUAAAUAUAAAUAUUUACCUUUCACCCGCAAUAAGCCACGUUACCAACGUGUGCCUGAGCCAACGGAGGCAUCAAAGUGACAAUUAGCCGCACAGACAUUGCCAGCAACAACAUUAAGCGAUAAAAAAGAGGAGAAACCAUCAGACGCCACAAGCGCCAUGUUGGUGGGUUCAGCAUCAACAACAGCUACACCAAUUUUAGCAUCGUCAUCAUCUAAAUCAGCAAUAGCAACCAACAAUACAGCAGCAACAGCAGUAACUAAUGUAGCAAAACCACCGCAAAUUAUAAUGAUUGAUGAAUGAAUAAAUUCGUAAAAAAAAAAACAAACAAACAACCAAAAAUGUUUUGAAUUUAUUUUCUUCAUUUAAAUAAGAAAAUCUUUUUAAAUUUAUUUUUAUUUUGUUUAACAAUUAUAAUUUUCUUUGUAUAUUGUGGUAUUAAAACUAGCUGCUCUGUUAACUUCUAUUCUAAAGUUGCCUAAAUAAUUAUUAAUUAUUAUUAAUUGUUUAAUUUAAAUGUUGUGUCGUCGUUGCAAACAAUGUCUUGUGCAUAUAAAAGUGAUAGAAAGACAAACAAAUGUUGUUCUAUCUUUAAAAACAAAUUCAAAUUUUAUUAAUUUACUUUAAAUAUAGUAGAGCUCUUAAAACUGUUUAAAUUACUAGAAAAUUUCUUUAAUAAUUAUUAUUGUGUUUUUUUUAAAUCUUAAUAUGUAUAAUUUACCAAAAAAAAAUAAUCAAAACUUGCUUUGCAAAGAAAUUCUUUCAAUUUUCUUUGUUUCUCUUAAGUUUAAUUAUAAAUAUUUUAAAUUUGUUUAAAUGUUAAAAUUUAGCCACCAAUAAUAGUUUUCUAGUAUUAAAACUAACAACCAAACAAAUCUAGUUUUCCUAACUCUUAAAAUUUUUCUUGGAAUUUUUUUUUUUCUUAAAUGAUUUUAUUUUUUGUAAAUUUUUCUUUGUUAAUUUCAUUUUAUUUUAUUUUCACUGUAAUAUAAAACAAUCAACCAACAAAAAACAAAAAAUUGAAAUAAACAAUAUGGUAAAAUAGUA